CAAUAAUAAGUUUAAUAAAAUCGUAAUGCAUUCUACCUUAAAUGAGGAGGAGUCUUAAAAAAAAAUACAAAUAAGAUAUUAAAAUUUAAUGAAAGUUCACUAUUUCUCUCUUUAACUAGCUUUUUUUACUAGAUAUAAAAAUAGUUUAUUUUAAAGUAAAUUCUAUAAAUUGUUGAUUAUUAGUUUCUACGAAUAGCACUCUAUCAAAUGUGUAUAGGUUUCAUGCUUUUGCAAAAACGUAAAUAAAAUAAUAGGUAUCUAAGAUGGAAGCUUUGAAAUAAAUGCAUAGAUUAUAACUAGCAUAUUAAGUAAUGCAUGUUAAAAUAUUUUAACUCUUGAAAAUUAUAUAACUUAGAACCAAGUCUCAUGUUAAUUCUUUAUCUUAAUUAAAUUCAUGAUCCUUUAAAAAAAGAAUUUAUACAGUUUACAAAAAGUUAUCAAAAUUCUUAGUCAAAAGUAGUAAAUGUAAAUAUCUCUAAAUGUUAAAAUCGUCAGAGGGUUUUGGUUUAAGGCAGGCUUAAAUGUAUUUUUAGACAGUAUCAAGCAAUCUAUGGAUGAACAUUAUCAAUAAGAAUUAGAUUCAAAAAGAGAAAUUUAUAAUACCUUGUAAGCUUGCAACUUAUUUUUUGAAGUGGAAAAAAUAAAAUAAGAAAAUUCAGCUGCUGUGCUAGAUGCAAUAUCCUUAAAAAUAGAAACCUUAAAUACUAUAAAAAAUGGAGUAGAUUCUAUCUAAAUAUUUAAGAACAUUAAUGAUAAAUAUCAAUAAUUCUUAUAGGGAUGUGAACAUAAAUUAACUUGCUUUUAUGAGAAAAUUCCUACAAGAGAUAACCAAUCUCUUCUUUGCUUUUUUUUAAGCGAAAUCAAGAGCGACUUAAGAAAAGCUUCUGACAUUAUGCAAAGAAGGCAAUUUAGUAAAACAAUUGACAUGAACUUACUUCUCGGAUCAAACACUAUAAUGCAAAUUUUUUCAAAUUCAAUUUAUUCUCUGCAAAUAGGUUAUUCUAAAGGCUCCGGUGAAGUGUUAUGGUUUUCUUAACAACUUCCUAAACUGCUUGGAUAUUCAAGACAAGAAUUUUAAUAUCACAAGAAUUUAAAUUAAAUUAUACCGAGUAUAGUUGCAUUCUAUCACGAUGAUUUAGUUAACGAAUAUUUAAAAGCUGGUGAAAGUAAUAAAAUGCUUUAAGAAUUAAAACAAGGUCACUUACGACAUGAUUUUGGGUGGAUAAUCCCAAUUUAGAUGUUUAUAAGUAUCAACUUCAUAGACUUAUCACAAAUUGGUUUCUUUGUAUUUUUCUAAAAAACAAAAUCAUCAGCUCAAUUCGAUGGCUAGAUUAUAGUUAACGAAAAUAAUGCUAUCGAAAAUGUGAAUUUUGAGUUAUUAGAAAAAAUAGGACUUGAAAAUUAUCCAACAAUUUAGACACUUUAAGGUUUUGAUAUGAAUGAAGCGAUGGAAGAAUUUGAAAAAAUAUAAAAUGAAAUUAGCAAUUUAGAUCAAAUCGAUAAUUUAUACUAUCAAAAUAUAAAAAUAAAUUUACCAACCUUUCAUUACUUUAAAUCUUAAGCAGAAAUAAAUGAAAAGCUAUAGCAACAGAGUAAUUAAUCUCUUAGAUCAUUCAGAUCAAAAAGAUCCUCAAUCAAAAGUUAACCAAGCAUAAUGUUUAAAAGCUUUUUGAUAGAUUUUAAAAUCAUUAAAAAGCAGAAAUCUUUGCAAUACAAAGACAUCAAGUAUUACAUUCUUUUGAUAGACAAAAUGAUUGAUUUGAAAAACUAAAAUGGUUCUCAAAGUAUGGCAGAAACUGAAAGAGAUUUAGAUGCAAAGACUUAUGCUAAUGCUACUUUAAGUGCUAAUUUUGCUAAUUAAAAAAUCUAUAAAGAAGAUAAAUUAUUAAAUACUCCACAAUCCUCUGAGCGUGACUUUUUCAAGAAACUCAAUUCUAAAGAUUAUUAGAAUAAUGAUAGCUUUAAUGUCAAUAAAAACUAAAUCAAAUCGAUAUUUUCUUAAAAAAAUAAAAAAAAGAGUAUAAUUAAACGGUUGACAAUUAAAUAGCCUUCGAUUGAAUUAGACAGAGUUAAACACGAUUAAAAAAAUAUGAACAACGAAAAAAAAAUUAUGAAUGAGAAUAAGUAAGUAUCAGAAAAUAAUACAACAGUUUUACAGUUCAAAGAAGAAUAUGAAAAUUUCGAAAAUGGUGGUUCUAUGAUAGAAAUAGAAAGUUCUAUUUUUAAGUAGCUGAAGGAGUUAGAUUAAAAUAAAUUUGGAAAAGCAAAUCACAGCCAUAAAUUUCAAUAGAGCAUUUUAGAUGAUUUGAGCUUGUCUUUUUUAAACUAAAACAAGUCCUAAAUUUCUGAUGAUAUAGAAUCAUUUAGACCUUCAGAUGGUAAUCAAUCAAAAUAUGAUAACUCAAAUAAAAUAUAUAGCUAAAAUGCGAUAGACGGUUCACAGUUUUCUAUAAUCAAUAAACUUGAAUCAGAAAGAAAUGUUUUGACUAAAAAUUAGGUUGCAUCUGAUUAAUCUAUUUAAAUAAGCCAAUAAUUAUUAGAAAGUUAUCAUAACAAAGCUAAAUUUUCUCCUAAAAAGAAAAAUUUUGAGCUAAAAAAGUUAUAAACAACAAACGAUCAAGCUUAUUCUAAAUCUCAUUCGAUAAUCAAAGGAUCUGAUUAAGUUCCUGCUCUUAAAUUGGAUGACCAACUCCCAAGUGUAAGACUGGAAAAAUCUUGGAGUUUAAAUUAAUAUGGAGAAAAUGAGUCUUAAAAUAAUUAAAUAAAAGUUGAAGAUAAUAUUGAAUGCUAAUUAAUAAUAGCAAACGAAAGCAAUGAAGAAAUAGAGCAUCACGAAUAGUAGGCAUCAUUUCCUGUGUAAGAAUCCACAUCAGUUAUUAUAAAAGAGGAAUCAGAAUCAUAAUACCACAGUAAAUCACAAAUUACCCACAAAAGCUUAAAAAGCUAAAAGAGUCUCAAAAGUCAAAAGACUUUCAGAAGUAGAAAAACGGAAUCUAACAAGUAGAAAUACUCAUCAAGCAAUAAAAAUUAAAAUAUUGAUCUUAGCUAGACUAAAAGAAAGGCUAAUAAAACAUCAACUUUUGUUAGUAGUUACUAACAAAAAUAACGCACAAUAGAUACAAUCAGUAACAACCAAAGUAAAUAAAUCAAACCUAUGGAUAACGACAAUUUAUUUAAUCAAGAAAAUUAAGCUAUAUUACCUGAAAUUAAACUAGAAUAGCCAGAUCCAAAUGAAAGAAUAAAAAAUGAUUAAUAAAGUGUGACAUCUUCAUUAUAAAAGAGUAUAUUUUAAAGUAAAUAUGACAAUUUUACUAAGUUUUUAAAUAAAAACAAUCCUCCUGAUUUAAAAAAGCUAAAAAUACUCAAGUUGCUUGAGUUUUUAAUCGUGCUUUCUAUCACGCUUUGGGCUAAUUUACUUUUUUAUUUUAGUUUCACUAAUUUUUAAGAUUAAAUUUCUUUGAUGAGCUUCAGAAGUUCAACUCUGUCUCCUAUUUCUAUUUCGUUAUCUAUGGUUUACUAGCUCCUCUAAAAUUAAAAUUAAUUAUAAAAUGGUAAAAUUUCUCAAAGCGAAUAUAAUUCAGCUGCUAAUUUAAUAUACAACUAUAUUAAUGAUAGCUACACUACCUUUAAUUAAUAAUUAGAGUAAAAUUUGGAAUAGCAGUAUUCUAGAGAAACCUACACAUCUAAUAAUAUAACAUUAAUAAAUUAUUCAAAUAACUACACAACAUAAAUGCCUCUCAUACUAUCUUCUCUUUUAUUUAAAUAGAUGUUGUUUUCAUUUAGCCUAACUGCAGAAAGUCUUCAGUAAGGUUAAAUAGCUAAAUUUAAUAGUGCUAGUUUAAAAUUUUCUUUAGAUAACUAUUCUUCGCUUUAUUAGUUUUUUAGCUCAUUAUCGAAAGAUUUAAAGUAAUAAAUUACAGAUAAUAUGAAUAGUAUUUAGCUUUUAUUCAUAAUAUAAUUGAUAUGCAUAUUUUUAAGCUACAUUAUCAUGCAACUCUUUGAAUUUUAUUUUUAUCGCUAGUUUAUGAACUUUAUUAAACUUAUUUUGAGAAUGUACGAGUCAACUACACUGAUCCAAAUACAAUCAGAAAUAUUAAGACUCACAAGAAUAUAGCAAAUGACAGAUGGAGAUCAGAGCAAUCUUAUCUUUUGCUAUGAUUUUGAUUUGAGAGCUAAAGAAAUCGCAUUAAGAGCUGAUUCAAAAAAGAUCCUAUUGAAAUAAGAAGAAUAAUUGAAUUCAUUAAAUAGAAACACAAAAAAGUAACCUCGAAAAGAUAAAAAUGGAAAAGAAAUUAAUAAAAGAACUCAAAGAAAUUUUAGAAUAGAAAGCAAUUUUAUUAGCUACAAAUCCUUCUUCGUUAUUUUAAUUAUCAAUUCCAUUCCAUUUUUUGCUUACAUAGCUGUUUCAUUAGGACUGAUUGAAUCUUAUACCCAUAAUUUUUCAUAUGCAUUAACAUCUUUCAAUAGAUUUAACGAUGCUUAAUCUUACAUUUAAACAAGUUACAUCUUGAAGCAACAAAUUUAAAAUUACCUCCCAUCUUCAGAAUAAAAUAGCUAGAGUUCAAAUUAAAUUGUGCAAUAAUUUGUAAACUCUAUUGAUGAAGCUAAUUAUUUUUCAUCUUCCUCAAUUGAUUAGUAUAUUGCUGAUUUACAGCUUAUAGAUACAUCUUUGGACAAUGAUAUAAACGAACUUGUUUCUAUGAAUGCAUGCUAACAAAAUAGCACGUUUUCUUCUAAUCUUCCAACAAAUCUCUUCACUAAUUUGAUUGCAAGAUGUGAAACCUCUUUAAAUGGAAUGUUGUAGCUUGGAGUAAAAGCUUUUCUCUCUAAUUUUAUUUAAAGCAUGAGUAUCCUUAUCAAACUUAACUUUUAGAAUUCUGCCUAGCUUGAUUAUUAUAGUGACGAAGCAAUAAUCUCAGUAAUACCUACAAAAAUAAUCUAACAAUGUUCAAAUAAUAUUCAUGAUAAGCUGAUAUCAGUUACAAAGCUAAACAAAUUAAUAAUAUUCUCAUUUGGUUUUAUUUUCUUAUUUACCAUGCUGAUGACUCUGUGUUAUUACAUAAUUUAUUAAAAUUAAAAAAUGAUAACAGAAUACAAGCAGGCAUAGCAUAUCAUUUUCUUAUUACCAACCAUAACUCUCUUAAACGAUGAAACCUUCUUUAAGCAGAUGAGCUAUUUAAAUAUGAAACUUUCUUGAGAUAUUUUUAUAAAAAAUAAAAAAUAAAACAACAAAAAAAUAAGUAAGUAAGUUUCUCUCAACAAAUUAUAAAUUACUUAUGUUUAUUUAAAUAUUCAAAUAAAAUUUCUUUAAUAAUUUACUUAAAAUUAUUUAAUAUAGCAAAUUAAAAAUAAAUAAAAAAAUGUAG